GAAACCCUCUUGCCUAAACCCCAAUAAAACAAAAAACAAAAAACCGUGCUUGAACAAUCAUGCGAAACAGAAACAGAGCUCCAAAAAAUUCAGUUACUCAGGAAAAAGACAGUAGUAGUAGUUACUAUGAAGGGGAACGUCUUGCUCGUUUGCUCAAAUCAAUUCACAAAGAAAUAGAAUCAACAAAAACUUUGGAAGGAAGCUCGCUUCCCGAGAAAUUUUGGUUCAAGCAACAAUUUGCAAUUGGGGUCAAUGAAGUUACUCGUGUUCUUGAACGUAUGUCGCCUGUGUCCGAGAGUGGAAGCUCCCUUCAACGGUCUCAUGCUAUCAAAAAUCACAAAGUGCCUUCUGUUCACCUUCAGGCCAUAUUAAUAGCUUCUGAUUGCAACCCAAAAUGGCUAACAAGACAUCUACCAAGUUUGGCUUCGUCAAGGAAGGUGCCACUGAUCUUUGUCAAAGAUAAACGAGGAGGAUCCUUGAGAUUAGGUGAACUUGUUAAGCUAAAAACUGCAAUUGCCAUUGGAGUGAAAGCUAGAGGAAAUGCUAUCAAUGAAAUUGUAGGAAUUCUUUGCGGAAAUGAAACAAACCUUGAUACAGAUUGCCAAAAUUGAAUGAGACGCCUUCCACGCCCUGUCAAUGGGCUUGCUGUUUGUACAGACGUGCAUUAAGUCAGGGUAGAAGGGCGGGAACAAUAGAACUGAAUUGGGAAUGAGCUACUGCGAUCACAAAGUUUGGCUUAUAGACAUUUUAUAAUUUUGGGCGAAUGUUUUCUCUCCCAAGAUAAUGAACAAGGUUGGCAAUCGUAUUUUGGGCGAAUGUUUUCUCUCCCAAGAUAAUGAACAAGGUUGGCAAUCGUGGUCCAUGCUUCUUGACGUGCUUGCAGAAGAAAACUUGAGACAAAGGCUUCACCUGGUCACUUUGCUUACUAUUUCUCACAAUCCUUUGUUGGACACUUCAACAUGUCUAGUGUUAUAUCAAAUUACAAUCGAUGCAGCAUGCAUUUUGAGUGCACGAGUCGACUUUCCAGUAGAUAUGGUAGUUUUAUGUACAUGUCCUCUUUUAUCCUAGGCAAUUUUCGCAAUCGCAAUUACACGUUUAUGUUA